CUGUAAAACCCUAAAUUCUCACUCUCCUCCAUAGUUAGGGUUUCUGCAAUCUGAAACCCCACGAUCGAGACGACAAUGGCGAACCACACUGUCGCUCGCUUUCUCCUCUCCAAACCCAAAACUCUAAUUUCCUUUUUAUCCUCUACUCGAUCUUUCUCCUCUGCCUCUUCCUCCUCCAUUUCCUCUCUCUGUAGAACCCCUUCUCUCUCUUCGUCCCUCUCCCUUUCUCUGCUCUACCGCCUCCGUCCUCUUUCUGCUGUGUCUUUCGCCCAGAGAUUCGGCGGUCCGGCGUUGCGCACCCUUUCUUCCCGUGCUGCGUCGUCAUCGCUGAACGACCCAAACCCUAAUUGGUCCAACAGGCCACCUAAGGAGACCAUCUUGCUCGAUGGGUGCGAUUUCGAGCACUGGCUUGUGGUUAUGGAGAAGCCCGAAGGGGAUCCCACCAGGGAUGAGAUCAUUGAUAGCUAUAUCAAGACGCUAGCUCAGGUUGUGGGAAGUGAGGAAGAAGCAAGGAUGAAGAUAUAUUCAGUCUCAACAAGAUGCUAUUAUGCGUUUGGGGCACUUGUAUCUGAAGAGUUUUCAUAUAAGAUCAAAGAAUUGCCCAAAGUUAGGUGGGUUCUGCCUGAUUCAUACUUGGAUGUGAAGAACAAGGAUUAUGGCGGUGAGCCUUUCAUUGAUGGUAAAGCGGUACCAUAUGACCCAAAGUACCAUGAGGAAUGGAUAAGGAACAAUGCUCGUGCAAAUGAGAGGAAUAGACGUAAUGACCGACCUCGUAACAGUGACAGAUCAAGAAACUUUGACAGAAGAAGGGAGAACAUGCAGAACCGAGAUUUCCAGAACAGACAGAUGCCUCCUGCAUCUAAUCAAAGCAUGCAACCUUCUCCAAACAUGGGUGGAAUGCCUCCCAAUAUGCACCCGAACAACAUGGGGCAAAUGCCUUCCAACAUGCAGCCCAACAACAUGGGGCCCAACAUGGGAGGAAUGCAGCAAGGCAACAUGGGAGGAAUUCCACAAGGGAAUAUGGGGGGAAUGCAGCCCAACCACUUUGGGCCAAGGCCACCCUUGCCACCAAAUCAAGGUUGGUCUGGUAACAUACAGAACUUCCAAAACAACCCUAACCAAGGAGCAGUACCCAAUUACCAGAACAACUAUUCUCCCAACAGCCCUAACCAAGGAGGCCACCAAAUCAAGGUUGGUCUGGUAACAUACAGAACUUCCAAAACAACCCUAACCAAGGAGCAGUACCCAAUUACCAGAACAACUAUUCUCCCAACAGCCCUAACCAAGGAGGCAUGCUUUACCAAGGAGCAACUCCCCAUUACCAGAACAACUAUCCUCCAAACAGGGAUGGGGGCAACAUGCCAGGUGGGAAUUAAUAGGCACUUGUUUUGUUAGAAAGAGUUUUGAUACUAUGUAGAUAUGCUAAGGAGGAAACUUUUUUGCAUCUGGUACUGUUAUUCUUAACUACUUUUCUGUGUUAAAUUUAUAAGUGUUGUUUGGUCUGCCACUUUUAAGGUUGAAGAUCUUUCUGAUUUCCAGUUAGAACAUGAUCACGUUAUCAAAAGGAUGAUUUGUACUGGUUGAUAUUGCCCAUGUUUGUGGUGUCAUCAGUUUUGAAAUAUAUCCUUUUAAAGAUA